GUCAAUCAACCAAUCUGUGUCACGCACCAUGGGAAGAUGUAUUGACGGUGCGUACCUGAGCUAUAUUUUAUAAAGUAUUAGCAACGUUACAAUCUGACGACAUUACAGAAGCCUCACAAUAGGUGUUUAACGUACCAGCAAAUCUGAUGCCCGACCGUGCAGUCGACGACGUGGCACCCAACCAUUGGUUGAUGCAAUGUAGUCAGUCUGGAAUGUAACCCUUCUAACAUGACAUCAUAACUCCAUAUAUAUAUUUUGCACCACUUUAGAGAACAGUUAGUCAUGAUAUGGCCGUGCUGUUGAUGAUAACUGAAGGGUAGGGAAAACAAUGACUGACACGUGUCUGUUUAUUAAUGUACAGGAUUAUAAAUGUCUACAUUUAUAAAGGUUUAUAAAAUGUAACGAUUUUAUAUCAUCAUGCUAUGCAACCAUAGACAGGACAUGAAAAAAAAUGUGUGCUGUCUAAUCCCGCAGUUUGCAUGCUGGUCUUAUGGGUUCCAGUUUGUGUGACCUUCAUUGUCUUGGGUAAGUAGCUAGUAAGAAAUCAUUUAUAUCUCCAUCAUACCGCAUCACCCUUCAUCCACAUAACUCCUCUACUUCUCCACAUAGGUGCUGUGUACAUUGAUGACUGCCCAGUGAAACGUGUCAUCCCUGUCCACAUGAUCAUUUCUGGAUCUUUCGGUCUCCUCUAUGCAUUCUCUUCCUGCUACAAGGACCGUGUUGUGUGCCAACAUUUGUCUAAACUAUUUUGGUUCAUGAUCAUCGUCUGGUGCAUUAUUGGUAAGAGACAUCAAAUUACGAAACAUGUGUCCCGGUUUGAAUACUUUUAAUGUGCUUCCUUCCUCACACCUUUCCUCCCUCCUUUCCUCCCUCCUUUCUUUAAGGUAAUCACUGAUCUGUUUCUGUAAAGUAUUGCUUCUACCAAUCCGACAUUAUCAGCUAAGUGAUUACUUCACUGAAGAGAGGAAGGAAGGAAGGAAGGAGUAAUUUAAUGUACUGAAACUGGGCCGUGUUCUUCCUAUCUUAGAGGUCAUUCCACGUCAUUUCAGCAACCCAUGACAGCUACCAUCUCAGAUUGUUCUGAAAUCAUUUCUGUAGUUAGAAACAGAUACGAUUAGCAUUUCUGCAACAUUGUUUUGUUGAAAUAUAAUUUGAUCUCUGAGAAGAUAAUUGAUUGCACCCAAAUUGGCCAUUUUAAUUUAUAUUAUUCUUAUAAUAUUCUAUAAAUAUAGUCUGAUUUGAACCCAACUUUUUUCUAACUUAGCCUUAACUCGACACUGCACAAAAGUACACAAGAUCUCUCAAACUGCAUACAUUGAUUAUAUUUCCUACCACUUUGUCUACAGGCCAUAAUUGGAUCUUCUCUGUAUUCCAGCCCAACUACGAACGGAAAGGGAUCAUCGGCUACACAUACUGCAAAAAAUCUCUAUACAUCUUUGCGGCUUCUACCACCAUCAUAUUGGAAAUCUUUUUAAUUGGGCGGCUGCUUGGGUUGUUCAGUGUUUGUAAGUUGUUCAUGCUUUGUCUGGUCUGCUGUGUCUCUUUAUGCAAGUCUGAUGAUGUCAAACCUGAUCAGGUUGUUGAGCCUUUGAGGUGUGUGGAGACUGAGAGGUGUGUGGGGACUGACGGAAGUGUGGGGACUGAGGUGUGUGUGGGGACUGACGGAAGUGUGGGGACUCAGGUGUGUGUGGAGACUGAGGUGUGUGUGGGGACUGACGGAAGUGUGGGGACUGAGGUGUGUGUGGGGACUGACGGAAGUGUGGGGACUCAGGUGUAUGUGGAGACUCAUGAGAGUGUGGGGCAUGACGAGAGUGUGGGGACUAAGGAGUAUGUGGUAACUGAGCAGAGUGAGUCCAACACUGCUCAUUAU